UGCAGAUGGUGUCCAGAAGAUCAGCACCCAAACAAGGACCAUGACCAAUGCAUCCCCAAGGAGAUAAUCUUCCUGUCCCAUGAAGAACCUUUGGGAAUUGUCCUAUCUUCCUUUGCCCUAAUCUCUUCUUUAUCCUCACUUGUGGUGUUAGGGAUCUACAUUAUAUGCCGAGGCACUCCACUGGUCAAGGCAAACAACCGGCACCUCUCCUAUGUCCUCCUGGUCUCCCUCCUGUUCUCCUUCCUGUCCUCCUUCCUUUUCAUUGGCAAGCCCAGCAAAGCGACUUGCCUGCUCCGACAAACGGCCUUCAGCAUCAUCUUCUCAGUGGCAGUUUCUUCUGUGUUGGCCAAAACCAUCACUGUGGUGCUGGCCUUCCUGGCCACCAAGCCGGGAAACAGGGUGAAGAGGUGGCUGGGGAGGAGUCUGGCCAGCUCCAUUAUCCUUUCUUGUUCCACUGUCCAGGUUGUCAUCUGCUGCAUCUGGGUGGGCAUGGUUCCCCCUUUCCCUGACUCAGACAUGCAUUCUCUGCCUGGAGAGAUCAUUCUGCAAUGCAAUGAGGGCUCUGUGGCCAUGUUCUACACUGCCCUGGGCUACAUGGGCUUCCUGGCUGCCAUGUGCUUCACUUUGGCUUUCCUGGCCAGGAAGCUCCCUGGGGCCUUCAAUGAAGCCAAGCUGAUCACCUUCAGCAUGCUGGUCUUCUGCAGUGUCUGGGUGUCCUUUGUGCCCACCUACCUGAGCACCAAGGGGAAGUACAUGGUGGUCGUGCAGGUCUUCUCCAUCUUGGCCUCCAGUUCUGUAUUGCUGGGCUGCAUCCUUCUCCCCAAAUGUUACAUUAUUGUCCUGAGGCCCGAGCUGAAUAAAAAGGAAUAUCUCAUGAUCAAAAGGAAAGAUAUCAUCUGA